AAGUUCCUGCUGAUGGUGCGCGACGGCCGCGCCUCGGUGCACUCCAUGAUCACGCGCAAGGUCACCAUCGCCGGCUUCGACCUCAGCAGCUACCGCGACUGCCUCACCAAGUGGAACAAGGCCAUCGAGGUGAUGUACGCGCAGUGCAUGGAGGUGGGCAAGGACAAGUGUCUGCCCGUGUACUACGAACAGCUGGUGCUGCACCCCCGGCGCUCCCUCAAGCUCAUCCUCGACUUCCUCGGCAUCGCCUGGAGCGACGCCGUCCUGCACCACGAGGACCUCAUCGGCAAGCCCGGUGGCGUCUCCCUGUCCAAGAUCGAGCGAUCCACAGACCAGGUCAUCAAGCCCGUGAACCUGGAAGCACUUUCCAAGUGGACCGGCCACAUCCCUGGGGACGUGGUGAGGGACAUGGCCCACAUCGCCCCCAUGCUGGCUCGGCUUGGCUAUGACCCUUACGCAAACCCGCCCAACUACGGCAACCCUGACCCGAUCGUCAUCAACAACACGCAGCGGGUGAGUGCACGUGCACAUGUGCAGAUGUGCUCUCGGGCCGUGGCGGGCCGGAAGCUCCCGCUCCCUGAGAAAGCAUUUAGUCUCUUGUUUCCUAAGCAACUGGUUUGUUUCUAUCUUACGGACAUGGUGAAUUGUAAGACUGCUUUUAUUUCCGUUUUUGCCUGGGCCACAAGGAAGCUCAAGAACAACUGGCAGCUUGUCUCUCCCACCCUAUAGCAUCUAACAGCAGGCCCAUUUGUGCACUAAUUUCAUCCUAUUUCUCUACUCUUAUUUACCCUUUCCUCCCUAUUUCCCCGGCUGUUUCUUCCUUUCUUUGUAAAGCACUUCAAGUCUUUGUUGAGACUGGGCAUAAAGAAAUAAACUGUUGGUCCCUUAUUGCCCCCCUAGGUUUAAGGUUGAUUUCUUUUUUUUUCCUUCCCAAAGCCCCAGUACAUGGUUGUAUAUCAUAGUGGUAGAUCCUUCUAGUUCGUCUGUGUAGGAUGCCACCAUAGCACGGCUUGAUAAGUGGCACUAGGUCUGCGCCCAGGAUCCGAACCGAUGAACCCCAGGCCGCCAAAGCGGAGCACGUACACUUAACCACUAGGCCACGGGGCCAGCCUGUAAGGUUGAUUUCUGAGACAAAUGUGAGCUGAGGGCAGUUUAAAUUACUUUUUAAGUUCUGCUUAGUUAAGGAGGUCAAGGGAAAUGACUUUGACAGGAUGUUUGUGAAGUGUUAAGUAGUCUAAGCCUGGAUCAAAGAACAGGUAACGCGUCCAUGCUCCCUCUUUACACGUUGCCGUCACAGCUGCGGGUUUACGUUGGGGGCUGUGUUCUGACUUCCUCAGAGGCACUAAGUUAGUGAAACUAUUUGGAAAUGGGACCCAGGCCUGCAGAACAGCCCUCCUGGCCCUUCCUUCCAUCGUUGAGACUCAGAGGCUGAAUUUAAGCUAAGCUCGGCAUUUCUGAAGGCGUGCCGAUUCUGGAAAGUAAGCAGUUCUCCUGUUGAACCACAAAGGGAGAAAGCCAUUCCUCUUUCCUGUAAUUCUUAAGGACUCAAGGAGAAAGACUCCACUGGGGCUGAAACGUCUUGAACACCUCGCUGACACGCGCAAGCUCGCCUUUUAACAGAGAAUUUACUCGCGCCGCCCUUGUAAUUGACGUGUAAUUACAUUAGUUCUUUCUCUGCCCCCGCCAUCAGUGGAUUUUGCAAACAUUUAUUGAUGGAAAUACUAGAGAUCCGACAUAGAUGCCCAGACUGCAUUGACAGUGUGGGUCUUCACCACCUGGAUGUGGUUUAUUUUUAUUGUGAUUUUUAUUAUAAAUAUUGAUUACUAUUUAUAUUAUUCAAUAAUAAUUAUUCUUUCAACUGUCCUUAUGUGUUUUAUGUAAUAUAUUUCACACUAAAAAAUUAAUUAACUAGAUUAAAAAGAAGGAGAAGCGGGUGAUGAUCUGGAAAUCCAGCCCCCAGGCACUUCUCAGAAACAGCGGGGGCAGAAUGGGGACCACAGCGUCACCAGGCUGUCCUCUCCCUACCCCACGUGCCCAGCCAGGGGUCCAGCAGCGGCUUCUCUGACAUGUUUUUAAAACCGGAGGCCCCUGGCUUGCCCCAGACUGUGGGUCAGAAGCUCCUAGAGGAAGGCCUGACCUUGUGUAUUGUAUAAAAAGUUACAAAUUCCUACAAGCCCUGAUCGUCAGGAGCAGCUCCGUGGAGCUCUGUUGUUGGUUUAAAAUGGAAGAUGUGUCCAGUUUUCUUCCCAAGAGGUUCCCUCCCUGGGAGUUAAUCAAGUCUUGGCAAGUGCCAGACCCUUGUUUAGUCUUUACGGUAGUUUUGUUAUUACUGCAAAGGUAAGUCCCCUCGUCGAAAGCCGUGUGUGUGUGUGUGUGUGUGACAUUGUGUGUUCCUAUGGUGGAUCCUGGGGUGGGCUAGACUCAGUGACUGGAAGGACCCCAUUGCUAAUGAAAUUGCCCACACCUGUGCUGUCCAUUACCACCACGAGCUGCUAACCUUUGUGGCUUUUGACAUGUGACUAGUGCAAAUUGAGAGGUGCUGGGAGUGUAAAAUAACACUGCGUUUUGAAGUCCUAGUACAAAAAAAAUCAGUAGAAUGUCUCACUAAUCACUUUUAUAUUGAUUACACGUUGAAGUAUUAAUAUUUUAUUUUUUUCCUUUCUCUCUUUUUUUCU